AGAUUUCAGCUGCGGACUACCAAUCCAACCUAAUUAAACUGCUACUGCAUCCAUCCCCGUCCAAGCACCCACAAAAAUUCCAGCAAUCAGCGAGCGCUCCGUGCUGCAACCUGCGAGCUCGACCGGCGCCAUGGCGGCGCUCGCGGUGAGCGCGGCGACGGGAGCCCUGAAGCCUCUGCUCGAGAAGCUUGCCACCGAGCUGUGCAGGGAGUUCAAGCGUUUCAAUGAGGUUCCUGACGAGGUCAGAUCCCUCACCAAAGAGCUGGGCGCCAUGGAAGCCUACCUUCAGAAGAUGUCCGAGCUGGAGGAUCCCGAUGCGCAGGACAGAGACUGCAUGAAGGAGGUGCGGGAGCUGUCCUACGACAUGGAGGACAGCGUCGACGAGUUCCUCCUCCGCGUCGCCGGCGGCGGCGAAGAAGCUGCCGACGGCCCGGGCGGCCUCAUCGCCAGGCUGAAGAACGCCCUCGUCGCCAACUCCAAGCCCAGGACGCGCCGCAAGAUCGCCAGGGUGAUCGAAGGUCUCAAGGCCCAGGUCAGGGAGAUGGGGGAGAGGAACGCGAGGUACAGGGCGCACGAGACGGUGUCCAAGGCGAGCAACGCUGGAGUGGAUGGGAGGGCUCUCGCCAUGUUUGAGGAGGCUUCAAGGCUUAUCGGUUUGGAUGGGCCAAGAAACGAGCUAGUCGAGGUCUCGGGGAAGACGAAGAAGAGCGGAUCAGCUCCAUCGCUGCCGGCGAAGGUGCUCUCCAUCGUCGGGUGUGGAGGUUCGGGGAAGACGACUCUUGCGAACCAAGUUUAUCGAGUGCUCAAGGGAGAAUUCGAGUGCCAUGCCUUUGUGUCGGUGUCACGGAAUCCGAUCAUGGAGCAUGUUUUGCAGAAUAUUCUGUGUCAAGUAGACGAUACACCUCAUCACAACAUACAAGCAUGGAACAUGCAAACACUUAUCAUACAAAUCAAUGGCUUCCUCAAGGACAAAAGGUACCUCAUUGUGAUCGAUGAUAUAUGGACCAAAGACGCAUGGAAAACAAUUAACUGUGCACUGUACAAGAAUGACCAAGACAACAGAAUAAUCACAACAACACGCAAGUAUGAUGUAGCUGAAGCAUGCUGCUCUUCAGACGGCGAUUUCGUCUACGAAAUGAAGCCGCUUGGUCCUGCAGACUCCAGAAGGUUGUUUCUGGAAAGAUUAUUUGGCUCAGAAGAUAAGUUCCCCACAAACCUAACAAGAAUAGCUAAUAAGAUACUGGAAAAAUGUGAUGGUUUACCUCUGGCUAUCAUUUCCAUAGCUGGUCUACUUUCCAGCAAAGCACCCACAGAGGAUGAAUGGGUUCAGGUUCAGAGUUACAUUGGCCGUGGGAUAGCAAAGGAUCCAGGUGUUAAGACCAUGAUGCAGAUAUUGUCACUUAGUUACUUUGACCUUCCUCAUCAUCUGAAGACCUGUUUAUUGUAUCUAAGCAUGUUUCCGGAGGAUCAUAUCAUCGAUAAGAAGCAUUUAGUGAGGAGAUGGAUUGCUGAGGGAUUCAUCCCGAGAGAACCAGGACAGACCCUGUACGAACUAGGGGAGAGGUGCUUCAACGAGCUCAUCAACAGAAGCUUGAUCCAAGCACGGAACAUGAACAUGUACGGCGAGGUUAGAGCUUGCCAGGUCCACGACACAGUUCUUGACUUCAUUGUGUCGAGAUCUGAAGAAGAGAAUUUCGUCACUGUGUUUCGUGAUGAUGGUCAUAUGCCCGGUCCAGAUAGCAAGGUCCGUCGCUUGUCUCUCCAUGCUUGCAGCAAAGCGAAAGCUUCCACUCUGACAGAGCUGAAUCUGGCUCAUGUUCGGUCAGUUACAGUGUUUGCUUUUGAGGAACUGCCAUCGUGUUCAAAGUUCAGGUUUGUGCGUGUCUUGGACUUGCAGGGCUGCAAGCAGGUGGAAGGUGGUCAUCUUGCAGGUAUAUGGAAUUUGUUUCAGUUGAAGUACCUGAGCCUCCGUGAAACUGGAGUGUCUGAGCUCCCAGAACAGAUUUGGAAACUGAAGAGUCUGGAGACACUAGACCUGAAGAAGUCAAAGGUGAAAAGAUUACCUGCCGGUAUUUCUCUGCUCACAAGAUUGGUCUAUUUGGUUGUGGACAAGGGGGUUAAGCUUCCUGAUGGGACAGAAAGAAUGAAAGCAUUGGAGGAUUUAGGUUGCGUAGAUGUCUUCAAGCAGUCAGUCGACUUUCCACGAGAGUUUGGGCAGCUGGAAAAUCUUAGGAAUGUCCGGUUGUUUCUGAGCUCUGGUAAUCGCAGUACUCCAGCAGAAGGAACUCGUUACAAGGAGUACCUGAGCAACAUGGCCUCUUCACUCUGUAAGCUCGGCCGCCUUCGCUCUUUGUCAGUCGAAGUGGACCCUGAAAGUUCAGAAGACUUCUCCCUGGAUUCUGCUGGUGAUGUCCCAGCCAGCCUCCGGAGGUUUCAGGUCACGGGUCAUUUCCUCUCCAAGGUUCCAAACUGGGCGCCAUCCAUUGUGAAUCUCCAAUGUCUGACGCUUCACGUUAAGGCAUUCGAGGCGCAAGAUCUCAUGGCACUUGGCCGCCUGCCGAUCCUGGUGUUUCUCCGGCUGGUGGCUCACGAGUCUUUCCAAGGAACAACAAGCAGGGUGACGAUCAGUGGCGCCGAUGGCUUUCCCAAGCUGCGCCGGUUCGACUAUGGAUGCGCCACGCCGGUCAGAUUCGAGGCCGGAGCGAUGCCGGAGAUCAAGAAGCUCAUCCUCCUGUUCAGCUACUUCAAGGCCAGCUGGGCAGUGAGAAACACAGACUUUUUCCUUUACCCUGUCGGCAUCCAACACCUGACCAGCCUUGACAGUGUCUGCUGCCUGCUCUACUGCAAGGUCCAAGAAGUUGUCGACUGGAUCGCCGAGAAGAGAACCCUGAUGGCCGACAUGAGCUGCGAGCAGGUGAAGGCGACUGUUGGUGAGAUGGGCGCCACGGCGCAGCAGAUGUUCAAGUCUGAAAUUCUCAUGGAAACAGCAGCUCGCGCCCAUCUCAAGUGCUCUGAACUUACGAUCAGAAUAACGACGCAGUGGAAGAUGAGGAACGAGGGCAGCAGGUUCAAGUCGUUCUUCAUGUACCGGUUCGCUUCCAUGCUCGGAGCCAGCGAGGCAAGCCUCAUGUUAGCGAGGCAAGUUAGAGAGAUGAUGAGCAAUUGCCCGCUCAAGGGCAAAGGUAACUGCCAAUGUCAAGGUCUUCCCGAGGCAAUUGAGCAGGCAAUGGAGCAGCUGACCACCCUCGUCCUUCGCCGUAUCACUCGUGCGGACCUAGUCAGGCUCGACGCGUGGACGUGGAGACCAUCGGACGCACAACGCCUCCACGUACUAUAGGAGACAUUAGAGCCCCUCUUGACAGUUGUGGGGUCGUCAGAUGUGGUGUGGUUGGAAAUCAAUGAAAGUUUUUUUCCUUAAUAAUCCAAUGGAUUAAUUAUUGUGAAAGAAGAAAAUAAA